AUGUAAGAGGUUUCUGAAGAUUCUGGUUCUUUGAUAAAGUGGAUCGGGAAAUCUUGAGGGUUUGGCGGUUUGUGGGGGACACACCUACUCAUCAUUGCUGCACUGUUGUUUUGCAUUUCAAUCAUUGGCGAUUUGUUUAGAAUUCGUUUGAUUUGGUCGGAAAAUUGUGGCAAGGACGAUAGUUCAGUGGUCAUUGGAGGGGAAAAAUAACCUGUUUAUCGAUAGUUUGAUUUCAUUAGCGAUCGGGGGAGCAUGAAUCUGUUGCAUCAUUUUUCGUUGAUGAUGAUUGUAUUAUUUUUGAGUUAUUUUUAUAAUACAUUGUUGGAUGGUUUUUGACGUUGAGGUGACAGGAGCAUUUGAAUUUUCAAUUUUGUGAAUUUGAAUAUUCAAUUUAUGAUCUAAUUGCUCGGGGUGUUUUAUCCAUUGAAUAUUUCGAAAAGCAAUUAAUUUGUUAGUAACGACAUUUAAAAAUUUCGUGCGAAUUCAGGUGGAAUUUAGUUUAUAGAUAAUAUGUGGAUUUGAAUUCAAUUUAAGAUCAGAUCGUUCGUGAAAUUUGCUGAAUUAAUGUUUCAAUGACAACUUGUAUUCUCAAAAUAAUUAUAAAAAUUCAGCAUUACGUUUUUUAAAAUUUGUAAUAGAAUUCAGAUUUAAUCAGAUUUAAUUUGCAACAGAAUUUAGAAGAAUAGUUGGCUGAAAAUUGAAAUUUCAUUGAAUUUUCCAGAAAUUAAGGGAUUCGUCAGUAACAACGCCUUUGGGAAUUUCACGAUGCAGCGAGGUCAGUUGAAGGACAUAUCGUCCUGGAUGGCUCGUCUGCUCCCGGAGCCUCUGGACAAUUUCGCAAAAUCCGAGACCCACAAAAUGUUCGGUUCUAGAACCACAGGAUCGAGCACAUUCUACACAGAUCUAGAGGAAACCGAUAAUGAUGAGACAAUACUCCCAGAAUUCCAUAAGAAUCAGGGCUCCCAGGAUUCCCAGACAACGAGUGAGGAUGGGAACUCUCAGGACUCUGAUUCAGCUGUGUGCGUCGAGGAGCACCAGACACAGCAGCAAUACACAAGUCAUUCCUUCCAUAGAAUCGCGAGUUUCGGGGGCUUUCCGAGGUUCCAGCCAUUUGUCAUGUCUACCUCGACUCCUGGUGAAUGCACCACUGUGGAGAGAAUCGAGGAGACAACUUCCAUUGUCCAGAUGUCACAUAGUGUACUGGAGUAUAGGAGCAGCAGAUACACAACUUCAUCGAAGCAAACCUCCAAUCAGUAUAAUUUAGAGUCCUACGAAAACAGUGAAUCAGAGAGUGAUGAAGAGUCCGAAGACACACGAUCCUCAGAGACAGAAUUGCGAGUAGUCCCCGACGAGGAAAAUGCACCUAGUGAAUUGAAAUCCUCCGCACGAAUAGACAAAUACGAUUCGAAGCGAAAGAAAGCCCAAAAAGUUGCUGAAGAACUUCUCGACACCGAGAACAAAUACGUCCACAUUCUCCACCUGAUUGACCAGGUGUUUCAAUUCCGAGUGGACCAGGAGAAUCGAGCACACCCAAUGUUCCCCCCCGAGACUGUCCAACACAUGUUUUCCAACAUAAAAUCAAUCUACAAAUUUCACAAUGACUUCCUGCUGCCCCAGCUCGAGGAGAGAAUGAAAAACUGGGACACAAAUCCAAGAAUAGGGGAUAUCAUGAAGAAUUUUGCACCAUUUUUAAAAAUGUACACCGAGUACGUGAAGAACUUCGAUUAUGCCAUGAACUUGAUAAGUACUUUACAGCAGAAGGUGCCACGAUUCGCCUCGAUUGUCAGUGAAAUUCAGAAGCUCGACGAGUGUGCGAAGCUCUCUCUGUCCCACCACAUGCUGAGUCCCAUCCAGAGGCUCCCCAGGUACGAGCUCCUCCUCAAAGAUUACCUGAAAAAUCUCAGCGACGACAGUGAGGAUCACGAAGACACCAAGAAAGCACUGGAGCUCGUCUCGACAGCGGCGAAUCACACGAACGAAGCCAUGAAAAAAAUCGACAAAUUCAAGAAACUUUUGGAAAUUCAAGAAAGUAUUUACGACGCCACUGACCUAGUCAGCGCGACUCGUGAACUCGUCAAGGAGGGUCGUAUUGUUAAGAUAUCAGCGAGAAGUGGUGAUCACCAGGAGAGAUACUUAUUUCUAUUUAGUGAUAUUCUAUUACUCUGUUCGAUAAGACUGAUACCAGGGCCAUUGUAUCGAUUGCGAGCCAAAUUUUUCAUCGAGAAUCUUGAAGUUGUUGAGGGUGACAACUUGGAAACUGCCAAUACAUUUUACCUGAGGUAUGGAAAUAAAAGUAUUGAAUUGUACACACAUUCUGCAACGGAAAAGGCUGCCUGGUUGGAUGCACUCUUCCAAACGAUGCAGGAAAUAAUUAAGAGAAAGGCCAGUUUGAAAACAGGCAGCAAUAAAACUGCACUUGUUAAGGCUGACAAUGUCUCUAAGUGUAUGGCAUGUGAAGUCAUAUUUUCUGUUAUGAAGAGGAAGCACAAUUGCCGGGCCUGUGGAAUUGUUGUGUGCAGCAAGUGCUCAAAUCAAAAAUUGUUGUUCGAGGAUAAUAAGAAUAUGAGGGUAUGUCGUUUGUGUCAUGCGGCGUUGACACAACCCUCGAUUAAGUCGCCGUCUUCGCCGGCUGGCCCUGUGCCAAGUCUCCUUCAGGUCUCUGCUACUGCACCGUCCGUACUGUCUGGCUAUCUUCUGUUGAAAACUCAGGCGAGCAAACCGUGGGCUCGCAGGUGGUUCUCACUGCAUCCUGACUUCGUUCUGUACACUUUCAAGUCGGAGACUGAGAGCUUGGCACUCACAGCUACUCCAAUGCCGGGGUACACCCUCACUGAGGGCAAUGAUCUGCCUGAUGAAGAUCCACUCAACCCCAGGGAUAGAAAGGGAACUUUUAAGAUUCAUCAUUCUAGGAAGUGUUAUUAUCUUCAGGCUUCCUCGCAGCAGGAUAUGGACAGGUGGAUGCAUGCUCUCAGUUUAGCCACGAAGGCUGAGCUACCUCACCCAAGGCAAGAAGACGAUGCAGAAUCAUCGGGUCAGCCAGUGGAGAAUCAAGAUCCCCCGCAAACAUAGAAAAACAUAAAAAGAGAAUGAAGAAACAAAUAAAGAGAAAACAACGCACAAAAGAGCUAAAGUUUUUGUACCUUGGUAUUUAUGAAAUUGAACUAGCCAAUUUUUACAUCUUUAAACACAUCAUCAGCAUUAGCUAUUUGUACAUUUAAGUAAGUUAAAUUAUGUUACGGUGAUUUGUUGGUGAAAAUCGCAACUGAAGCGCUUGUUGUUUUGUAAUAUUGUGUUAUAGUAUAUUUAAAUAUAUAUGUAAUUAUAUCCAAGUGCUCGUAUGCUUCGAGGAAUUAAACUGCCAGGUUUCAACUGCACGAGAUCGGGAAGAGGAGAAGAGAGGCGCACGCAGAAUAGUUUUCUUUGAUUUUAAUUCAAAAUUCAAGGAACAAUUGUUUAAUUGCUUGGACACUAACUUGAAUUGGUCUCAGAGAUCUUCAAGUUCGAAAUCAUGUGUUCCUCUUAAAAAAUAUAUCAAUCAAUUCCAUUGGCAAGAUUUGUGAGAUGGAUGAAAUUUAAUAAAUUUUCGUUAUCUAUCAGGCAAAAUAAA